UAUUGUAUCGUUCAUUUCGUCACUCUUGACAGGGAAGCCUCCAUGUUCACAGGGAAGUACAAAUAUAUUGGCACGUUCCUCCAGAGAAGCGGCUGGAGUUUUCUGACACCUCUUCCUGCAGUGGUUCAGAUGCCUUCUGUAUAUUGUUACCUGGACUAUAGGGGAUUAUCACAAGGAAGAUUAAAGAUGGGCGGAGAUGAAGUAGAGGGUUAUCAGCUAAAGCCUCUGUCAAGACGCCGUUGUCACCUUUUGUAGUAAACAAUACUGUGAAUAUAACUUUGGCUGGAAUAACUCGAAGAGUUAGUGGUUUCAGUUUCCCUGUAGCAGCAUUAGGUAGCUUGGAUUGGGGCUGAAGCCCCAUCUCUACACACAGGUUGUGUGUAGCAUAAUGCACUCAAACCUGCACUGCAUUAUUUUCAGUAUUACCAUUUGUAUUCACAAGUGCUAGAUAAAUUAAAGCAGUUUAAAAGAAAUUAAAAAUAAAAAUAAUUUCCCGUUUUACUUAUUCACCUAAACAUGUUUUUAUGAAGUAAGCAGAAUAUCCAAAUUACACAAAGUAUAUGCAAUAUACUUGUAUUUUUUAAUUAUAGACCACACUGAUUAAAUAAGUUGCGUACAUACAUAAAAUAAUUGUUAAAACACGGAAGGACCAUUCUUACACCUUGAAACAUGUUUGAAAAAAAUAUUUAACAAAUACAUCUCAACUCCAAGUUCGUCUCUGAAGACGUAGCGCGUCUCGGCUCACAACACAGGUAGCAUGCUCUACUAGGACACCACGUGACUGCUCCCUGGCUAACUGACAGGACCGUCACAUAAACGGUAUCAAGAGUAGUAAAGGGGUUCUAACUUGAUGCAGAUCACGUUAGCUGACGUUAACUGUUGUAGUUCAUUCAGAGGUGCGGAUUCCCGCUACCCCGGAAGUGCUGUCUCUUAAUAACUGGAUGUAAAACAACUCGUACCUCUUGGUUCAUGAUACUCUCCUGUGAGCCGUUACUCGAGUUCGUACAAUGUUGUAGCGUUAAAAAUACCGGAGAAAAGAAACCGGUGGAAGCCCAAAUAAACUACAACUCCCAUGGUGCCCUCCGCCUCAGUCGUGUAGGUGUUUCCGGUGUCUUAUAACAUUUUACUUCCUUCCACACAGACCGACACGAACAAAUCGAGAAAGAAGACGUCGCCAACUUUUAAAUGCCGUCGUCCGCGGUCGCGUGUUGAGCUCAUUCUCUUGUUUCGUUUACAUCGUAAAAUGCGCGGCGCGUGGCGUGGUGGCGUCUGAGAAGAGAAGAACUGUUGACAAACGCAGACCGUAACGUGUAGGCCUCCCGAAGAAAGUUUGGUCGAGGGCCUGUAAACAACAUGUCCUCCGCCUCGCAGCCUUCCUCCAGACGGCAGUGGUGCUACCUCUGCGAUCUGCCCAAGAUGCCGUGGGCCAUGCUGUGGGAGUUCAGCGAGGCCGUGUGCCGGGGAUGUGUCAACUACGACGGGGCGGACAGAAUAGAGCUCCUCAUCGAAACUGCCAGGCAACUGAAGAGCACGCACGGAGUUUUAGACGGUAGGUCCCCCGGUCCUCAGCAGGGCAAACCCAGCUCGGCCGGGCCCCUUGAAGCAGGGCGGCAGCAUGGAGAGCGUAUGGAUAGGGGGAGGGGGGAGUAUGGGGUGUCUUCUCGCCUCCCCAAUGGGCUGCAUAGAGCUGAAGAUGUGGCCCUGUCAGAGGGCAGCAGACACAGCCCAAACACACGCCGGGCUAUAGUUGGGGCAGUUCCUAGUCUCCAUGGCACCAUAUCCCAUGCAUUGAUAGCUCAGGGGUUAGUAGCGGCCCCCCAUGGGCUUCUAGCCCCCAUGUCAGGCUCCAGGGCAGGGCCCACGCCAAUCGCUGUCUCAGCUGGCCCCAUAAUGGGUGACUCUGGCAGAAGACAGGUAGUGGCCCUGGGCGUGGGUGCUAGCACCUCUGCUCUGGUGGGUAUAGAUCCUGCAUUGUGGAGGAACAAUGAAGUGAUGGCGGAACUGAAUGAGGUGGCCCGUUGCCGGGUUGAAGGCUGGCCCAACCGCCCCAAAGCGGUCCGGGACGUGCUCGUGGCUCUGAGCAGCUGCGUCCCCUUCAACGUGCGCUUCAGGAAGGACCACAACCUGAUGGGCCGCGUUCUGGCCUUCGACACUAGCACAUCGCCGGAGUUUGAGCUGAAGGUGUUUGUGGAGUAUCCCGGCGGCUCCGGGAUGAUCUUCUCUGGAGUCCCGGACCUGGUCAGGCAGAUGUUCCGCGACUCGGCCAAAGACGCAGGUAAAGCGGUGAACUCUGGGCUGCGCUAUGUGGAAUACGAGAAGCGGCAGGGCUCGGGGGACUGGCGUGGGCUGUCCGAGCUGCUGAACGAUGGCGUGCGCAUGUUCAAAGAGCCCCCGAUUCCAGAGGUCCUGCCCCAGCUGGAUGCGGGGUUGCCCAUGGCAACCGCCGGACGCUCUGUACCGACAAAGAGCACAACUCGCCGCCGCAAGGCCUCGCCGGGCUCCGAGAAUGGAGAGAGCGAAGGGAGGCCCGAUCACCCGGCGAGAGAGCCGUGGCCCCGGGGCGCGUACUCCGGCAUGGAACCGCUCCCUGGCAUGGCCGUCCCACAAGAAGGCCCGCCCCGUUUACACAGCCAGCCCUCGCCCAUCUCGGCACUCAUGGGAGUCGCAGAAAGCCUGAGCUCCGGCCAGAUGGCCAGAGAUAGCCCCGGCAUGUCGACGGCCCACUCCUCCUCAGCCGGGCGCCCCACCAGCGGCAGCCCCUCCACCGCCUCCCCCUCAGUCUCCCAGGCCGCCUUGGGGCAGGGUUUGAACGCGGCGCAGAGCAGCAGCGCCGGGGAGUCCACGAGCAAUCCCCAGGGCACCCUGCUGUGCUGCACCCUCUGCAGAGAGCGCCUCGAGGACACCCACUUUGUCCAGUGUCCCUCCGUCCCGCACCACAAGUUCUGCUUCCCCUGCACCCGGGGGUUCAUCCGCAGCCAGGGUCAAGGCGGGGAGGUGUACUGCCCCAGCGGAGAGCGCUGUCCCCUGGCCGGCUCCUCCGUGCCCUGGGCCUUCAUGCAGGGAGAGAUCUCGACCAUCCUGGCAGGAGACGGAGAUGUGACGGUGAAGAAGGAGAGCGACCCUUGACGUCUCCAUCUUGUUGUGGUGAAUGUGGAUCAAACACUUUGAAAGCACUUCCCUAUUAUCUCGAGCAGAGGUCCACUUCGGCUGCAGUUCAUCAUGUGUGCCUCUGAGAACAGAAUGACUGAACCCCAGGAAAACAGCUACACACACACACACACCACGCUAACGAAAGAAGAGGGGGGGUGGCUCACCUGCGAAGGCCGAGCUGCUUGCGUCCAGCCGAAUGUGGAGUCCUGAACCAAAUCUCUUCCCCUCUUUGUUUCAGAGCAGCGGCGGCCUCGUCAAAGCCCAGGCUAGAAAGCACACGCUUGUUUUAGAAAUGACAAUCUGUUAUGGUCCUUUUGUUCUGCACGGGACAGCGACAUUUGACAGAAUCUUGGCAAUUCUUUCUAAAACGAAACUAAUGAAUGUUCAAAAUGUGGCAAAACCAAUUGGUCCUUUAAAAGCCAAGGAUUGAAUGAAAAAAAAAUGAAAAAUGUAAUCCCACAAUGUCUCUUAGGUAUUCUCCUCUUAUUGUAUGUCAAAAAUGUGAAUUUACUUUCAAUAUGGCUAUGUAAUUUCUAUUUUUGAUACAAUACAAAUUUCUAUGUAUUUGUUUAUAGUGAUAAGAAGACCAAAGAUGGCUUCAUGCUCAAUGUAAUUUUAUUGUAUUGUAGCCGUGUAUGCUGUACUCACUGAUGACCUUGUCGUCAGACACAAAUUUGUUCAUCUAUCACAGAGUAAGCUUGUCUUUGUCUAUUUACUUUUUUUAUUUUUUAUUGUCUGUAUGGUAAGAUAAUUAGCACCAAUCUUCAAUGGUUAACCCACAUACUCAUGUGACCUGAACAGGUCAAUUCUACAAUAAAUUACAAAAAAGUUA